AUGCAAAGCCUAAUAGAUUCUGCCGAAUUGAUGAUGGAGAGUGGCGAUGAUGCCGAAGUAUUCGAGGAUAUGAGGAUUUGGCUUGUCAAUGAAAAAAACUCUCCCGAACUUUUACCUGGAGGAAAACGUCUUGAAUCUAUGGUCGAAAGAGCCAAGUCAAGGAUUGAAUCGGAGGAAGAAAAACUCAUGGAAAGUGAUGUCUAUACGGAAGAAUAUUCUAUUAGAAAUACAGAAUUAAAUAGAUUGAAAUUUUUAGUAACAUCUCUGAUGAGGACAAGACUAUUCAAGUUGGAAACAUUGUGUGAAUAUGUAAAGAGAACAGAAAUCAAAAAUAUCAAUAAUAGUGACUUAUCUUGGGAAACAAGUACGGAUGAGGAAAUUCAUUCAGCUUUGAAAAUUGUUACACCUUCAGAGUGGAAGUUCCUCCAAAAAUUCUCUAAAUUAAGAUCUACCUAUUUCGAUAAUAGUUUCAUCAAUCAAACCAAUGUGGAUGUUGCUUCAAAAGGUCAAGGAAAGGAUAACAUUGUACCUUUUGUUGAACCAGAUUGGUUUAAAUAUUUAUUCUGUGAAGUUGUACAAGAUUUAGGUACUGUGACACUCACUCCUUUCAAUGCUGAUCCAAACAAUGAAGAUGAAGAUGAAUUGGAACUUGAACUACCUAAGGGAACAAUAUUUUUCAUUCAAUACAGAAUGAUAAGAACUUUACUCUUUGAAGGAAAGGUGAAACUGGUGUAA